AUGCCUGGAUGGAAAAUUCCGCAUAGCGUAUAUAUUUUUGCUCGGUACUUCGGUACGGGUGUCAUCGUGUCCACGGCAUUUAUUCAUCUGCUAGACCCGGCUUAUAAGCGGAUUGGUCCCAAGACCUGCGUUGGGGAAUCGGGAUACUGGGGCGAAUUCUCGUGGUGUGCAGCAAUUGUCCUAGCGUCGGUGGUUAUUAUCUUCCUUCUGGAUCUCGCCGCCGAAGUCUAUGUCGAGCACAAAUAUGGCAUCCACAAAAAUGAAUCAGCCACAAACGCCUUGGUGAGCCACGGGCAUUCCCUUGACGUGCAGCCGGCGCCGGUCACUUCUGCGGCCCGGGACGAGAAGCGAAUCGACGCUUGGAUGUCUGACGAGGACUCUAUGACGAUCGAGCGGUCCUUCCAGCAACAGAUUUCCGCCUUUCUUCUCCUGGAGUUUGGGAUCAUCUUCCAUUCCGUUAUCAUUGGUCUCAAUUUCGGCGUCACUGGCUCCGAGUUUGCGACUCUUUACCCAGUACUGGUGUUCCACCAGUCAUUCGAGCGACUUGGGAUCGGGGCGCGGAUGUCUGCCAUCCCCUUUGGCCAGCACACCUGGCUCCCCUGGAUAUUGUGUGCCGCAUACGGCCUGACGACUCCUGUCUCCAUCGCCAUUGGUCUCGGGGUGAGAACGACGUACAGUCCGAGGUCCAAGACGUCUUUGAUUGUACAGGGGGUAUUGAAUGCCGUGUCCGCUGGCAUCUUGAUCUAUAGCGGCUUGGUGGAAUUGUUGGCCCGGGAUUUCUUGUUUGACCCAUGCCGCACCAAGCGCCGACCUAAACUCCUGUUUAUGGUUUUGUGCACCUUGCUGGAGCCCGGGAUCAUGGCAUUGAUUGGGAAAUGGGCGUAG